UGGCUUAAAGGACAUGUAUCCAGGCCAUAAACUCCAAAAAAACUUGCUGUCACAAACGUCAAUUUUGUUGUUUCGUUGAUAGUUCGUGCCGCUGAUUUUUUUCAUACACUGUUUAGCGCGUGGAUGUUUCUGACCACAUUUUAAAGCUUUAAAUUGUAAUUUUACAUUUGUUAUAAUCCAGUAAACUAAGAAAAUGGAGUUUCUCGAAUACAACGACGUCCAGGCGGAGAUCAAAGGCGCUAUGGUUCCAGGGAGACUAAAGAUGACAGACCAGAAUAUAGUGUUCAAGAACAGCAAGACUGGCAAGGUGGAACAAAUCCCAGCUAAUGAGAUAGAAUUGGUGAACUUCCAAAAGUUUAUAGGAUCGUGGGGCUUGAGAGUGUUCCUGAAGAAUGGCACUCUACACAGAUAUGGUGGAUUCAAAGAGGGGGAACAAGAGAAGGUGGCAAAGUUCUUCAAAACUAAUUACAAUAAGGACAUGUUGGAGAAGGAGCUCUCCCUCAAAGGCUGGAACUGGGGAACUGCUAAGUUCAAUGGAGCAGUACUGAGCUUCAAUGUAGGAUCAAACACAGCUUUUGAGAUCCCGCUACACUAUGUUUCUCAAUGCAACACAGGCAAGAAUGAAGUCACACUUGAAUUUCACCAGAAUGAUGACACUCCAGUGUCUUUAAUGGAAAUGCGUUUCCACAUCCCAACCAGUGAGUUGGCAGGAGACAUGGACGCUGUGGAGGCAUUCCACCAGCAAGUGAUGAACAAAGCCAGUGUCAUCUCCGUCUCAGGUGAUGCCAUCGCCAUCUUCAGGGAACUGCAAUGUCUUACACCUCGUGGUCGUUACGACAUCAAGGUAUUCCAGACAUUCUUCCAGCUUCACGGUAAGACCUUCGACUACAAGAUCCCGAUGUCGACAGUACUACGCUUAUUCUUGCUACCACACAAGGAUACGAGGCAGAUGUUUUUCGUGGUGUCUCUCGACCCACCCAUCAAGCAAGGUCAAACUAGAUACCAUUACUUGGUACUGCUAUUUGGCAUUGAAGAGGAAACUAGCUUGGAGCUGCCGUUUACUGAGGAAGAAUUGAACGAGAAAUACGAAGGAAAGAUAAGCAAAGAAUUGUCAGGUCCAACUUACGAAGUACUCGCGAAAAUCAUGAAGGUCAUCAUCAACAGAAGAGUGACAGGACCUGGAGACUUUUUGGGUCACCACAAGACGCCGGCGAUAGCGUGUUCCUACAAGGCGGCCGCCGGUUACCUGUACCCGCUGGAGAAAGGGUUCAUCUACGUGCACAAACCUCCUGUACACAUUCGAUUCGAGGAAAUUGCUUCUGUCAACUUCGCGAGAGGAGGUGCUUCCUCUACCAAGUCUUUUGAUUUUGAAAUCGAGUUGAAACAAGGUAGCGUGCACACGUUCAGCAGUAUCGAGAAGGGAGAGUAUGACAAACUCUUUGAUUACAUCACCUCCAAGAAACUACACGUCAAGAACACUGGCAAGAAUGAUAAAGCCCUAUACGAUGAUGACUUUGGGGACUCAGAUACGGAGAAGGAACCUGAUGCGUAUCUCGAACGUGUUAAAGCUGAGGCCAAGGAACGAGAUUCCGGGGACUCAGACUCUGAUGAAAGCACUGAUGAAGACUUCAACCCUGAUAAGGCGAAGGAAAGCGAUGUCGCUGAGGAAUACGACACCAACCCAUCAUCGUCAGAAGAUUCGGAAGGAUCUGGUGGUGGCGGCGGCUCCGAUGAUGAAGGCAAGAAGGAAAAGAAGAAGGAGAAGAAACCCAAGAAAGCUAUCACUAUUUCGGAAGCACCACGCAAACGAAAAGAAAAGUCAAAGAAACGCGAGAAGGACGUGAAUGCACCGAAACGGCCGGCCACUGCGUUCAUGUUGUGGCUAAACGAGAACCGCAAGAGUAUCGUAGAGCAGAAUCCUGGCAUCAAGGUCACCGAGAUCGCCAAAAAGGGAGGAGAGCUCUGGAGAGAUCUCAAGGACAAAUCUGAAUGGGAAGAGAAAGCAAGCAAAGCGAAAGAAGAAUACAACAUAGCCAUGAAGAAAUACAAAGAUAGUGGUGCUGCUGACGAAUUUAAGCAGAAGAAGAAACAAGCAGAGAAGGAACGUAAGGCCGCAGAGAAGAAAUCCAAAGCCCCAGCAAGUAAAAAAUCAAAGACUGCCAGUAACGCAGGCGCUGGUUCUGGUGGGAAGUUCACCAGCAAGGAGUACAUUGAAGAUGAUGAUAGUUCUUCUGACUCUGAUAAGGAAAAGGACAAGAAGAAGAAUACUAAAGAUACCAAGGAAUCUAAGAAGGAGAAAGCAAAGAGUUCAUCGUCAGAAGCUGAAGCGUCUUCGGGAGGAUCCGGAGACGAAAGCAGAAGCGGUAGUGAUUGAAACCAUAGUCUUCUUAAACAAUAAACUAAACAUUUUACAUGAUACCUCGGAUUUUGUAGUUAAUCUCAACUUAAAACAUUGUUUGACAUACCAAAAACAUCAAAACACCCUGAAAUUUCAUGUCUUUAGAAAUCUGAGAUACUUAGAACUGAAUAAAAAAUUUUUUUGGUUAUUUUGAAUCAUUGUAUGUGAUGUGAAUGUUAUUUUCCGUGUUAAUUAUGUGUUAUGUAUGUUACUUAAUAUAAGCCAAGUCUAAUAUUGAAACUGUUAUUAUUACUCAACUGCAUACGAUUCCGAAGAAAUUCCCGCCAUUUCAUUAAAUUCCUUCUAUCGUAGAGAAUUAGUAUUUUGUGUAUGUGAUAUUGUUGUAUUAUUACCAUUCAAUUAAUGUGAGUUGAGUAUUUAAAAUAAUUUUCUUACAUAAAUGUUUUAAAGUUGGUAAAAAUUAACAUUACUGAGUAAAUGUUAGGUUAUGUUUCUGUCUCAAUUAUACAUUUGUCAAAUACUAUUUGUGUGACAGUGAUAGAGAUAAGGCUAAGCCAGAACUUUUGUAUCUGACUCCCAUGUAAAUAUAUUAACUAAGAUCAGUUGUGAUUGUCCUAAAAUUCGUAUUACGUGGUAUGUGAACGUUUAGCCCCAUUUUAGAUGUAAUACUAGUGUGUUAAUUGUUAUUAUAAGACUAUAUUUUUAUUUGUUGUUUUAUUUUACUUUAUUCGGCUGUAUCAUGAUUCUUAACCGAUUCAUUAUGAG